UUUGCUCUAAUCUGUGGUAUGAAGUGCAUUCUAUUAUUCUUUGGUUACAUACUCUUUGUGGGUAACUGAAUAAAAUUUUCAGUAAUACAUAUAUUUCUUUUAAAAAAAUUGUUUUUGUUAUUAUUAUCACUGUUAUUUUGGUUAAAUUAUAAAAACAUUUGUAAUUAUGUCAGCACUAAUGACAUUAUUUCUUCAGCCAUUGAGAUUAGUCAAGCAAAGUCUUAGCACAGUUUCUUCAACUGGUAUUGCAUCUAGUUUGGUAAAACCAGAAUGCUUUUCAGUAACCGCUAUAAGAACUAAGGUUCGCUGCUAUUUCCCUCGACCAAAUGAAGUGAAACGUGUCCGCCGACAUGGUUGGCAAACUCGAAUAUCGACACCAAAUGGACGUAGAGUUAUCAUGAGAAGACUACUCAAAGGUCGAUAUGUGUUAACGCAUUAAAAAGAAGAAAUAAUUUUAUGGUAAUAAUGAAAAAGAUAAUUUAUAUAUUAUAGAAUUAGAACGUAACUUUUAUUGAUUUUAAUUAUUUUAAAAUAAAGUAAAACAUAUAAA